UGCGACUUUAUCUACUGCUGGUUACUAUCCUUUCUCGAACCCCGUGUUGUGAACAACAAGUCACGGGUGCACCAGAACUGCGACCAUUUAUUGUCGCACCUUAGGACCAAGAUGGCGCCUCUCUUGUAUCUGAGUUUGCUGUUACUCCUGUCUGGAGUUCAUUCCGAAUUGAAUCUGGCAGAAGAGGAGGAAGGAGGAUUAUCACACGUCCGCGAAGGUGACUGGGAUUUGGGACCAGAAGAUGAUGAUGGCGAUUACAGUUACGAAGAUGCGUCUAUGGAUUUCAAGGCCGGCUCCAUUGAGGAGUUAGUCGUCGCGCACGCUCCUUUUUUGAGGUUCCAUAAGACGGAAGGUGAAAAUGACUUCUGUUUCCCCCACGAUGCAACUGACUAUUACAACACGCGAGUGAGCGAGGAUUGGUCCAGGCAAUGUAACAUGAACUACAGCACAUUGCACGGCGAGAUCCCGACUUACUGGCACGCGCAGGCGUGCGGUGAGCACCUCCAUAUUGCUUACUGGACAUUCACGGGAUACAAUCAUAAAUGUGACCUGAUAUCUGGCGAGAGAGACGCUUGGUGGGAGUUCAUUGUCGUCAAGGUCAGAAACUGGGAGACGGCUCCCUUCAUGGCCGAGGUCAUGUUUGGUCAGAAGGAAGGGUGGUACACCAGGGUCCCCGGACGCUACGACGUCAUAGAGCAUACCCACCCCGUGGCUUUCGUAGGACAUGCGAGUCAUGGGUUCUACCACGAUGACGGUGGUUCUAACAGCUGCUGUUACUUCGAGGACUUGCGGAACCCUGGUUUAUCAGACACAUUUAUGCGCACCCACCUCAACCUGGUUGAACUGAAGGAUGACGGGACGGGUGAGGAAUGGAUGACAGACCCCAGCGUCCACUACUGGAGUGGUAUCCUGGCUCCUACUUACAGAGACAAUUGGGAUCUCUGCAGGCUACUUGGCUGUACAGGAUCCUACUUACAGAUCUGCGGAACCUGUGGCUGCCACAAGAGCGACAUCGGAGGUGACCCAUUUUGAGAAGCUUCGGUUUCCUUUAGUUAUCCCUUCAAAGUCUCGGACGUAACCUCCAUUUUCUAUGAUUAACGUCAUUAGUUAUUCUAUAAUGACCAUAAUCUAUAAUAAAUCAUUGUUUCUUUUUUAACAGUAACUGAUAAUAAAAACUCGAUAAUUAAAUAUGCAAUCUUAUGAUUAUCGAAUAAUGACAUAGACUUCAUAAUUCACGAUGCAAUGUUCAAUGGCUCCAUUGAACUGAAAUAUAAAUUAGAAAAGUAAAUUAC